UCGGGACUAUGUGUACUUCAGCAGAAAGAGAGAGAGAGAGAAGAGUAUGAAGCCAAGUACAAAGAUGGUGUUCUUGUGGUAUGGUCUCCUUCUGUCGACACACCUCCUCUCCUUUGUUCAGUCACUGGAGUGUGAUCAGGACAGACAGUACAAAUGGCCUAAGGAGAAGUCCAUCAAGUGCUGUGACAAGUGCAAACCCGGACAAUAUAUGACGGAUAGAUGUAAUGAAGGUUCUACGACAAUGUGUAAACAAUGUCCAGAUGAAUCCUAUAUUGACUUCUACAAUAAUGAAUUGCGAUGCAAGAGCUGCACUCAGUGCCCUGAGAAACAUAUGGUAUAUAAGGAGAAUUGCACUAAAAAAGGUGAUGCAAAAUGUGGCUGUGAGAGUGGAUAUGAACUUGACGGUAUGGAGUGCAAGAAAAUCUUGACCACGCUAGCAACACCAAGCACUACUACCAAAACUACACAGCAACAAAUACCAUCACCCACCAGAGACAGUGUGUGGAUCUCUCUGAGUCUGUGUUGUGCGUGUAUGUGCAUUCUGCUUACCUGUUUCAUUCUCAUCAGCAGACACACAUCUGCAUGUGGAUGGAUCAUGCCGACAUCAACUGAUUGCUUUUGGGCUCGCAAGAAUAGUUCAACCGUGUCGAGCCAGUGCACAGAAGAGGAGGAAGUGCCGAUGCCGGUCCAGGAGGCGUGUGGAAAGACACAUUGGCAGGAAGAGGUCUAAGAGAGAUGGAAGAGUGAGGAGAGAGGAAGGCAGGAGAUUACACAUGAAAGUGUGGAUUGAGUAUGGACUGUAAGACAGUCUCAUAUAGAACCUGAAGCGCAGAGAGAGACACGCUGAGUCUGCACUGAGACUGUGAGGCUGAAGAGACGAUGCAGUUGUUUCUUGAUUCACUGAAUUUGAUUGCAUACGCACACAUACAGUUAUAUUCACUGGAUGGGCUUUCAAGGCCAACUGCUUGGAGUAAUAAUGAAACAACUUGAAACAGGUCAUGAUGAAAAAUAGUUAAUUUCAAUUUUAAUAGUUUUUGAAAAAGUAACAGCUGCCCUUAUUUGUCUAUUUAAUUAUUUGGUUUUACCAAAUGUGACAUCUUCAGGAUGAGUACUUUAAUACAGUCUGAAUUACAUGAACAACGUUUCUUGAGUGGAUUUUCAGUAAUUACACCUGAAGGACUUUUUUUGUGCUUUCUUUCCCCUUCCAUUCCAUUUUUUGGUAGGUGAUGCUGAUAUUUAAACUGUAUCCUUUGCAUGGAUGUUUUCUUUCUGAUGCCUACCAAAUCUACAUGUUAUUAUGUAAAGGAUGUAAAUUCACCUUUAAAAUUUUGUAAUAUUUGAUUUUUCAGUUGGUAAAUUUCACAAUUUUAAAUAUUUGCUAACUACUGUAGUAUAAUUUAAAGUAUACAAAAUACAAUAAAAAACAAUGGGAUAGGACAAUGCCAAAUUUGGAUACAUUACUGUUUUUAAGGCCUCUGCCCGGGGCACAAGGUAGUGGUAGCUUAGUGGUUAA